AUGGCGCCCGGCAAACAUUCCGGCGCUCCGGCCCCGGCCGCUAACGCCGGGACCGGAUCGGGGCGCAGGGGCUCCCGGAGCCGGCGGGCACAGGGGUGGUCGUCCACUCCCCAGACGGUCGCCACCAUGCCCACCACUCCGGUGGACAGCUUAAGGAAUAUGAGCGGCGGAUCGAGCUUAGCUUUACUUAACAGGAAGUCUGUUACUGGCUUUUCUGGCACAGUAAAAGGAGCUCAAACAAAAGGAUAUCUUGGUAUGAACCCAAGCAGACUGGGUUUAACAAAAGUCAUGUCGACGCUACCAGAGAUGAAAACAGAUAAAAUGAUUACCACAAAGGCAGCCAUACAGGUGUUUGAUGCAAAUGGAGUUGAUGUUACUCCUCGACCUCUUUACCGACCAGAUCCACUGGUUGGUACACCAAAGCCAAGUAAACUAUUGACAUCACGAGAAGGAUCAUUUACAUCAGAAUAUGUAGCUUCCCACAGCCUUUUUCAAAAUACACUAAAUCCUAGUAUGUUAGGGCAGUUUUCAAGGUCAGUUUUAGGAAGCAGUACAGUUUCUAAGUCAAGUUUAUCAACUACUGAAUCAUUAGCAGAAGACCUAGAAGAAUCAGCCUAUAAACGGGAAGGACUGCCUAGUGUUACAGAGUUACAAGUUACGAAGAAAACAACCAAAAAAGCUAUAACAAAAGAAGAUCUAAAGAAGAUGGUAGACAUCCUACUCACAGAGACAAAAACAAUAACAUUAUUUGACCUACCAACAGUCAUGAUUUCUGUGGAAGCUGAUGACGCUGACAAAAUACUGAAGAGAAACAAGAAUUAUGAGAACCUUUGUAAAAAUAGAUUAGGCAAUGACUUAUAUGUUGAAAGAAUGAUGCAGACUAUUAAUGGAGCACCGAAGAAUAAAGAUGUUCAAUGUGACAGAAUUAUAAAGGAAAACAAAGGCAUAAUGUCUACUGCUUGGGAUUUGUAUGAUUCUUAUAAUGCUCUGGAGCUUGCAUCUUUACCAGUAAAACAAUCUAUAAUUGACUCAAGCAGCAGAGCAAGUAUAAAACGAUCUGUAAUUGAUGCAAGCAGUAGAGCCAGUCUACCUUCUAAAGAUCAGGACCGAAGAGGGCCAGGAAGUACUAUAGAAAAAAAUAGUGAAGCUAGUUCUAUAAUGGAAAUAGAAAAUGCAAUUCUGGCUAAAAAGCAUGAUGAAGAAGAAGACUACUCACAAGCAAUAUUCAGAUCUGAGAAGUUUCAACAGGACUUAUUUUUUAUGGAACGAGUUCUAAUGGAAAACGUAUUUCAACCCAAACUUGCAGCUUAUCGUCAGCUUCCUAUUCUAAAAGAAACACAACCUGAAGGGGCUAAAGUCCUUUCAGAAGAUAAAAAACUUGAACAGGUAGAGGAAGAGAUUAAGAAGGAAGAGGAAGAAGACAUAGAAAUCAGUGAAGAACAAUCAACAAUACCAGCCAAUUUGGAACGACUUUGGUCCUUUUCCUGUGACUUAACCAAAGGCCUUAAUGUGAGCAGCCUUGCCUGGAAUAAAAGUAAUCCAGACCUUUUGGCGGUUGGCUAUGGGCAUUUUGGAUUUAAAGAGCAAAAAAAAGGAUUGGCUUGCUGCUGGUCAAUAAAGAAUCCCAUGUGGCCAGAACGCAUUUACCAGAGUCCAUAUGGAGUUACUGCUGUGGAUUUUUCAAUUGGAGCACCUAACCUUUUAGCAGUUGGCUAUCACAAUGGCACCAUUGCGGUUUAUAAUGUACAGAGCAACGUUAAUGUUCCAGUUCUGAAUAGCAGUGAAUCACCUCAAAAACAUUUGGAACCUAUAUGGCAACUACAGUGGAUAGAACAAGAUCGAGGAACAACAGGUGAUGACAAGAGAGAAAUACUAGUUUCUAUAUCAGCAGACGGAAGAAUCGCCAAAUGGAUUAUACGCAAAGGACUGGACUGUCAUGAUUUGAUGCGUUUGAAGCGAACUACUGGCAGCAGCAACAGAAAAGGAGGAGAAAAGGAAAAGAAAGGUGAAGCUUUGAUAUCUCGUCAAGCUCCUGGGAUGUGUUUUGCUUUUCAUCCCAAGGACACAAAUAUCUAUUUGGCUGGCACUGAAGAAGGUUAUAUUCACAAAUGUUCUUGUUCAUACAAUGAACAAUACCUAGAUACCUACAGAGGACAUAAGGGUCCAGUGUAUAAAAUAGCAUGGAAUCCGUUCUGUCAUGAUGUGUUCUUAAGCUGUUCUGCAGAUUGGGGCGUUAUUAUAUGGCAACAGGAAAAUACUAAGCCUUUUUUGAGUUUUUAUCCAACUACUUGUGUUGUUUAUGAUGUUUCUUGGUCCCCGAAAUCAUCCUAUAUAUUUGCAGCUGCAAAUGAGAACAGAGUGGAGAUUUGGGACCUUCACAUCAGCACUUUGGAUCCUCUAAUUGUGAAUGUUGCUAACCCCGGAAUCAAGUUCACAACUGUUCUCUUCGCUAAACAAACAGAUUGCCUUCUAGUGGGAGACAGUGAUGGUCAGGUUGCUGUGUAUGAACUGAGAAAUAUGCCCACCGCUUUGACUACUAGCCGGAGAGAUGUGAUAGAUAGUUUGCUUGGACCAAGGUCAAAUCAACCAGGAUAAAUUGUCAUUACUGAUAUCCUUCCUUGUUAAUUUUUUUUAAAGGAACAUUGUUUAACAUAUAUUAGACUGAUUGGAUGCAGUAAUCUGGGAUUUUGAUUUUAGAAAACAAUAUUUAAUGUAUAACUUCUAUUUGAACUUAAUAAAAAUUUAAUCAACUUUUAUUCCAGUUGUUAGUUUUUUUUUAUCCAAACUAAUUGUAAGGGUAUUGUUGGGAUUUCCUUAAAUUUUGAAAGAUAUUCCUAUGCCAGUUCUUAAUCAUAUUCCAAGUACAUAUACAUACUUAUAAAAUAUUUAUGUAUGUUAGAAAAUUAUUAUUCCUUUAGAAGAAAAGCUUGGGGUAUACAUUUCCUUUUGGUUAAGUCUAUUGUAAUAUAUCCCCUUGUCUUUCUGAAAGGUUAGCUUUUCCAUAUCACUCUGUGCAACAGAAUAAAAACUUGGUUUCAUUGGAAAAAAAGUGUUUCUUUUUAUUACGUAUUUUUGAUCAUUAAAAAAAUUUCACAUGUUCUACUCUCAUUGAGCUUAAAUGAAAAAUAAAGCUAUUUUAUACUUCUUGGAUCCUGGGCAAUUGACCCUAUUCCAUUUCACCUUUCUGAUCACCAAUCUUGUAGACUCUCCCAUACUUUUAGAUUAGCAUCAUACUUUUAAGAUUUUCACUUAAGAGUUAUAGAAACUAUAAAAGGCAUUAUUUUGCUGGCUUUCUAAGCUGACUUUGGGUUCUUAGAAAAUUUUAGUUACCAUAAAAUUUUAAAAAAUUAAAAACUUUAUUUUUUGGAGCAGUUUUAUGUUUAUAACACAAUUGAAAGGGGAGUAUGGAGAUUUCCCAUAUGCCAUCUGCCCUGAGAAAUGCAUAGUUUCUCCAGUUAUCCACAUCAACACUAGAGUGGUAAGUUUGUUAUAAUUGAUGAACUUAUACAGACAUAAUAAUCACACAAAGUCCAGUUUACUUUAGGGUUCAUUUAGUGUUGUACAUUAUAUGGGUUUGGGCAAAUACAUAAUGGCAUACAUUCUCUAAGGGUAGUAUUACAUAGAGUAUUUUCUCUGCCCUAAAAUAAUCUGGGCUCUGCCCAUUUAUCCCUCCCCUCCCCAAUCCUGUCUCGAUAGUUUUGCCUUUUUGUCUGGAUGUACCACAGUUAAUUGUCAUUCACCUACUGAAGGGUAUCUCAGUUGCUUCCAAAUUUUGGCAAUUAUGAAUGAAGUUGAUAUGAUAACCAUGUACACGUUCUAAAUUCCUUUGAGAAAAUACCAGUCCGAUUGCUGGAACCAUAUGGUAGGAGUAUGUUUGGAUUUGUAACUCCCAAACCAUCUUCCAAAACUGGCUGUGUCAGUUUUCAUUUCUGCCAGCAAUACAUGAAAGCUCAGCAUCGACAGCAGGUGCUAUGGGAAUCAGGGUAGCACAUGGUUUCAAGGGGCAUGUUGUAGUUGCAAGAUUUUCACACAUGGAUAAUUGUAGAAUAUAAGUUGGAAUUCAGGCAGGUCUA